CGUGCACCGGAAGAAGAGACCUUUGACCCGGAAGCUCGUUCCGUGUUUACAUCCGGGUCACCGCUCAGAGACGCCGCGGCUCCGCUCAGAAGAAUAAGAAAGGUGAAUUAAAAUGUCGGACGAUGAGGACUCAGCUCCGGUCACGAAGAGGACUCGGCUGUACUACGGAAGCCUGGAGGAGAAGGAGCGCGAGCGUCUGAGCUCCGAUAGGGGGAAAGGCAGCGAUGGGGUGAAGGCCGGCAUCAAGGCGGGAAACAUCAACAUCUCGUCAGGAGAGACUCUGGACCUGGAGGACCGCGGCAGCGAGCGGCAGCAGGACGCGUUGGCUGCGUUCGAGCAGCGGCGGCGCGCGCGACAGAUCCACGUGUCCACGGACGACGCCGAGGUGAAGGCCGGCCUCCGAGCGCUGGGAGAGCCAAUCAUCUUGUUCGGAGAGGGACCAGCUGACCGCCGCGAGAGACUGCGCGGUGUUCUGUCUGUUGUCGGUCCGGACGCUCUGAAGAAGUCCAAGAGAGAGGAAGAGAAAGCCAAGAGAUCACAGGACGAGUGUCAGCAGACGUGGUACCACGAAGGCUCCGCCUCCCUGAAGGACGCUCGCCUCUGGUUGGCCAAAUACUCUCUGCCACGGACGAUGAAGCGUCUGGAGGCUGCACGCGCUUACAGGGAAAUUCCCGAGGCGACGAGGGCGAUACGACAACAAGAGCUGCAAAACAGUCUGAGGAAUCUGAACAACUUCUGCAGUCAGAUCGGUGACGAUCGACCAAUCAGCUUCUGCCACUUCAGCCCCGACUCCAAGAUGCUGGCCACCGCCUCCUGGAGUGGCCUGUGUAAGCUGUGGUCCGUCCCAGACUGCAGUCUGAUUCGUACACUCAGAGGACACAGCACCAACGUCGGUGCGAUCGUCUUCCGACCACAGGUCGGAAUCUCUCUCGACCAAGCAGACGUCAGCUUGGCCUCGUGUGCCACCGACGGGACUGUGAAGCUGUGGAACCUGGAGAGCGACGAGCCGGUGGCAGACAUCGAGGGUCACAGCGAUCGAGUGUCUCGGGUGUCGUGGCAUCCCUCUGGGAGGUUUCUGGGAACAGCCAGUUAUGAUAACUCGUGGCGUCUGUGGGACCUGGAGGUUCAGGAGGAAAUCCUCCAUCAGGAAGGUCACAGUAAAGGAGUCCACGACAUCCACUUCCACCCGGACGGGUCACUGGCUGCUACUGGAGGCCUGGAUGCUUUCGGUAGAGUCUGGGACCUUCGGACCGGACGCUGCAUCGUUUUCCUGGAGGGACACCUGAGGGAGAUCUACAGCGUUCACUUCUCUCCCAACGGGUAUCACCUGGCGACAGGAAGUGGUGAUAACACCUGUAAGGUUUGGGAGCUUAGAACCAGGAAGUGUCUGUACACAGUCCCCGCCCACCAGAACCUGCUGUCUGCUGUCCGAUUCCAACCCACAGACGGUCACUUCCUGUUGACUGGAGCUUACGACAACAUGGCGAAGGUUUGGAGUCACCCGGGCUGGACGCCGCUGAAGACGCUCGCCGGACACGAGGGGAAGGUGAUGGGCGUCGACGUGUCACCUGACGGGAAACUGAUCGCCACCAGCUCCUACGACAGAACCUUCAAACUCUGGCUGUCUGAGUGAUGUCACAGUGAUGUCACAGUGAUGUCAGGAGUGAUGUCAUCAUGAGGAUUUUUUUUUUUUUUCUCAAAGAAUAUUGUUGUGUAAAAUACUGUAAAGUGUUUUUGCUUUUUUAAAUAAAAUAACUGUUUACA